CUUGCUGAAAUAAAGAAGCUGCAGAGGACCACAACAUCCAAGUUGCUGUCAGGAGUUGCAGCUACUACUGCAAGAUCUGGGCUACGCCAAGAGGUAGAGUUCAUCAUCUGCUGAUUGUGUAAACCGCCUCAAAGAAUAAGCUGCGCUGAUUAUCGGGAAGUACGAUUUUGAUUUGAAAUAUGCAUCGAAUUUUAACUAUGCGCAGUAGGAAGCGUUUGCAAGAUUGUUCGCCUGCGUAUAGAGCCGAAAUAUUAAGAUUAUAUGAAAGAGCUUCCGAAUAUGUACCGUCGGUUCAGAAUCGUUGCACCGCCAUUGUAGAGCCCCCCGUCUAUCGUCCGAACGAGCCGGAUCUCGAUGAACCCCGCCCGGCGAGCUGUCUGGAUGAUGGUGCGAAUGAUAGGGUUAUUAACAGCCCGAAUGAGAGUGAUCGCGAUGAGAGUGAGAAUGAAUGUGAAUCGGUUUUAUGCGAUGGUAUAGAGAGCGUACACGUUUUUGAAGAUAGGCUGGCUACAGUUUUUGCGGAGCAGAACGUGACCCACACGCAGAUCAGGGCUACCAUGCAAGUGAUAAAAACACACAGCUGUUUUUCGAGUAUACACGUGGACCCGAGAACUAUUUUAAAAACUCCAAACUACUCUGCCCCUAUCACUCAAGUAGCUGGAGGCGAGUACCUUCAUUUUGGCUUAGAGCAGGCUUUGCUAAAGUUAUUGUUUUCGACUCCCCCAUAUUUGCGGAAAGAGCAUAUCCAAAUAGAUUUUAGUACAGACGGUGCUUCUCUUGAUAAAGUAGGUAAGAUCGCUUUGUGGCCGAUUCAAAUCAGAAUAGCAAACUUUGGUAAUCGUUUUGCAUCAGAGAUCGUCGGAGUAUUUAAAGGGAACAAAAAGCCAACGAGUGCGAAAGAUUUUUUCAACCGUUUAAUCGAGAUGUGCGUCAGGUUAUUCAGAGCGGUGUAGAUUUCAUGGGUAAACAUUUUUCCGUUGAUUUGAGAUGCUUUGUCGCCGAUGCUCUUGCUCGUUCGUUUUCGUUAGGUCACCGUUCGCAUAGUUCUAGGGCUCCGUGUUCGAGAUGUUGGGUUCGCGGUCAAAAUAUACGUCCAGGAGUGAUGGUGUAUACGGGGGUCGAUCAUAGACCUCGUACACAAGAGGAAUACCUUGAAAAAUUGGAUACGGAUCACCAUAGCGUAGGUAUAGAUUGCCCUCUAAUCGAUCUCAGUCUUCAUAUAAAUUUGGUCAAGAGUACGGUCUUCGACUAUAUGCACCUCGUCUGUUUGGGUGUAAUGGGGAAAAUUUUUCAAGGAUUAAUAGAUGGUAGGUUCGUCAAAACCGCUAAAAUCGCUGACGCGAAUCUUGUACGAAUCCUCGAUGAUCGACUAGAGCAAGUAAAAAAUUACUGCCCGCAAGAUUUUGCUCGAAAACCAGUCGACAUCAACCACCAUGGCAAAUUUAAAGCCACCGAAUUGAGACAGUUGCUUCUAUAUACCGCUCCUGUUAUCUUCAACGGUUUAGUUAAUCCCGCUCUUUAUUUGCAUUUUCUUCUGCUUCACGCAUCCAUAAGAAUUUUAAUCAAUCCUCAUUUUACACCCGAAUCUGUAGCUUUCGCUGAAAACUGCAUCAAGCUCUUCGUUCAAACAGCCUCUGACGUGUAUGGUAUAGAAUUUUUGUCGUACAAUAUUCAUACUUCGUUGCAUCUUGCCGAUGAUGUUAGGGCUUUCGGGGUGUUAGAUUCUUUUUCAGCUUUUCCUUACGAAAGCAAUAUGUCGUAUUGCCGAAAAUUAUGCAGGAAGCCUAGCCAGUACUUGCAACAAAUUGCCAACCGUAGAGCGGAAAACUGUGGAACAGAUUCUUCCAAACACAUCGACGCGAAUCUGAUGAAAUUCAUCGGUGCUCAUGCGAGAGGUCCUGCACCAUUGAUCGAUGGUUCGACCGAUUACGAACAAUAUAGAAAAGUAGUUACCGGAGACGUCCAUUUCUCUUCUUCGACCAGAUAGUACAGUUUAUCUUCGAAACGGAUUCAUCGGAAUAAUUCAAAAUAUCGUCAAAUCCGACGAUUACUGCUAUCUCGUUUUAAAAACUUUCGCAAAAAUUGAAAAUUUGUUUGAUCGUCCUUGCUCUUCAUCAUUAAUCGGAGUUUUUUAUGCUCUGCUUUAAGUACCGAGGUAAUAGUUAUGGGUCUCGAUCAAGUCACCGACAAAUGCUUUCGGAUGCCGUAUUGGCCGGUAGACGCUCAUACGAAAGAGGCUGCUUCCAAUUUUUUUGUCGUUGUCAAAAUCGUGUCGACUCAUUUCGAUACGGAAUAAUAGGAUAAUAGCCUAGGAUAUUAUAUCAUUCUUCCCAUUAGGUACCUUAUUGAUAAUCGUCGAAAUUUACUCUUUAUUAUUGCUUCUGACAUCAAAAUGUCGAAGAAUACGGGAGCAAUUCCAGUGUCCGCUGCACAUUCCAAGAUAUCGGAGUUGAUGCCAUCCACCCCCUCAAGAAGCUUCUUCGCUCAGCCCGCUGGCCAAAUGGCCGUUGCACCGCCGCCUAAACCGCACGCCAAGAAGAACAAGAAGAAUAAGAAAGAUAAAAAAGAGAAUAAUAUAAAGGACAAGAAGAACAAAAAUGAGAAGAAGAAGAACAAGCGCUCUAAAUUAGUGCCACCACCGUCAUCAUCACAGCCCGAAGCAUCGUUGUCGUCAUCGUCGUCGUCGUGGCAAACCCACAACAACGGUUUCUCUGCGUCGCAGCCUCAACCGACUCUCAAUCAUAGGUUGCAGGAGCAACGAGCGUCGACAUCGAAGCAACAGCAACCACCGAAGCAAGGAUUGUCGACACGCCCGCAGAUGAUGGAUUUUCGUCGACCGAAUGCUGUAGGAAUUGCAGCAUCUUCCUCGACAGCUUCUCUCACCGCCUCCGAAACUGCGCAAAUGGCCAAGAUUUUAGCCACAAAAAUCGAUAAUUUGGACAAAAAUUACAAAUCAGUGGACCAAAGACUCGUCAAGCUGGAGGAAUUAAUGCAUUCCGUGCACGAAAUGGUAAAAGGAAUUACCAACAGGCAGAAGCCAAAGGUGGCAGUUCGUCCUGAAUAUCUGCCUUUUAAAACUUCGGCCGAUAUCGUCGCAUUUGAUUUUGCUGGUGAUGAGGCGUACGACAAACUUGUAAAUUAUCUGAUCAGCCUAGGUGGUGCUAAUUACAUCGACUCAGCGGCCAGAUAUCUGAAGGAGUGCGUCAAGGUAGACGAGGACAUUUUUCGACAUGUCACUUGGAGUUCCUCCAAAAGAGAUGGUGUUCUGGCCUUGAAGGAAAGCAAGUUUGCCAAGGCUUGCAGGGUGGCAAUGCCGGCCGAUAAGAAGACCUUACUCGCGCCACAGGACGACGAUUUUACCAUUGCCGUGACAAGAGCAUUAAAAAGCGCCAAGGAAGGCUUUCGUCGCAAGAUGAAGAGGCCUGCACAAAACCCUGCUCCUUGAGAUCAGCCAGAAGUUCAGCGUCAACGUCUCGAAGAACAGCAACAACGAGAAGAGGCCAACGACCGUGAUGAUGGCGAGGGCAACGGCGCUAAUGCCAAGGACAACGGCGCUAAUGCUGAAGUCAACGGCGCUAAUGCCGAGGACAACGGCGCUAAUGCCGAGGACAACAAUGGCCAACAGGACAACGAUGGCAGCGGCGACGAGAGCGACAACAGGAGCAGCGACGACAGCAGCACAGACGACAACAGCAGCGGCACCGAGGACGACAACCAUGGACGAGACUCCGACAGCGAUGCCACCGAUAUAUUUGGAUAAACUUAGUGAACUUUUUUACGUUCUCUGACAUUUUAGUUCAAAAUUAUGUUUAUUUUUGUUUAUUUAUAUUUAAUCUAAAUAGAAAAAAUGUCAGGGGGCGUACACGGAGGGGCUGCCUCUCAUGUGGAUGAGUCUCACGGAGAGAGGCGAGGUCGGGGCCUCUCUCACCACCCCCCUUUAAAAACUCUUAUUAUUCAUUCUUUCUCACUGACUCGCUCACUCACUCACUCUCUCAUUAACUUAUUUCUUAUUCUAUUUAACAAAUGUAUUUCUUUUCAGCUAAAAAGUACACAUGUUGCCUUUUAUAAUACAUUGUUUUAGUUUUUUUUUGUAAACAUGUGAACUUUUUUACGUUCUCUGUAAUUUUAGAAAAAAUGUCAGGGGCCGUACGUGGAAGGGCUGCCGCUCAUGUGGAUGAACCUCACGGAGAGCGGCGAGGUCGAGGCCUCUCUCACCAUCCCCCUUAAAAAUCAUUAUAAUUCAAUUUACUCAAUAUUAUAAUACUCGUGCUAAUUAUCUCUGCGUUUUUCUGUUUUUGAGCACAUCGUCGAUCCUGCAACAUCAUCAGGAUCAACCUGCAAGCAUGUCAGCCCUUGCAGUACCUGGGAAAUCCAGAUAGUGGAUUGCUGUAAAGAAGCUGCAGAGGAUCUAAAUCUAUCUGUAUGGAUAGCAGGUGGCCUUCCAUCUUGCUGCCCGGAGUUCGAGAUACUACUGAGAUCUGUCAAAUCCCUAGCGGCAGCAGAACUUACUACCCUUUAAAGACACUUUCUCAUGCCAUUUGUUUUCUGUCGAAGCUAGGUAGUUCAAAUUUUGCACAUAUACGGAGAGAUGCGAGCAGCAAAUCUAGCCACAACAUCAAGAGCUGGCCGGAGCACCGAGAGAAGCAGUACCAGCAGCAGCUGUUUUUUCACCUCGCAGAUGGAAGAUUUACCCCAGGAGUCCAUCAACGAAGAAGAGAAAAUUUUUGCGUUGCUGCUUGUGACAAUAUAAUAAUAGAUAUAGCGAUAGAUUUAUUAUCUUUGUAUUGUACAGAUUUAUGUUUUUAAUAAUUACGAAAUUUUCGAUGUUUUGUAAAAUAGUGUUAAAUCUUUAUUAAAUUUGUUAUUGUAAAUAUUGCACUGUUAAAUGUUAUUGUAUUAAUAAUUAUAAGUAUUUUAAUAAAUUUAUAAUAAAAUUAUUUGUUUACAAGUCAUUUAUAUUGGAGGCUCAUAUCCUCCAAUAAAUGCGGGCAGGCGCGUUUCCGGGAAUUUCGGGAAAUGCCUGCAACAAGCGGGCACGGAAUCCCAAAAAUGCCGGAAAAUGUCCGCACAAUACCACCACAAACCCCCGUAUAUUGCCUGCACACGAUCGGCACGCGUGUCAAUUAAAAGCAAAUUUUUUUCAGAAUGCAAGCACGAUGCCGCCAAAUACUCGCCACAGUGCCCGCAAAAGGCUUUCACGCAUGCAGCAUUUCAAAACACGCCUGCCGUCAAAAUGCUCUUGCACAUGCUCGUCAUAUGACCGGUAUCUGCACAGGUACCUGGCAGUCACGCGUGACAGCGUUUUGGAGCACGCUGGACGGUACCGUGACCGCACGGUGUCCGCACAAUGUUUUCGGGGUUAUGAGCUAUAUGUACUUAUACUGCAUUAUCCAUGAACAAGUACUAUGAUUAAAUAAAAAUUUUAAAAUAUUUGUUUUCCAGAGAUUUAAAAACUGCAUUUGAUGUAAAGUGGAAUGAUUUAAAUUAAAUAAUGCAAUGAUUGCGUCGAAUAAGUAAUAGUACAAUAUUUUAACAAUGAUUUUGAGGUUAGUUUAAACUUGAAAUUUAUAUAUUAUUCAUACGCUUUAUAAUAUAAAAAAUAUUGAUAGGAAACAUUCUUUCUGACAUAAAUAUACAAUUAAAAACGAAUUUAGUAUGUUCCUAAAUUGGAUUACUUGCAAAAUUUCGGAUUAUAAUUCAACUUACCUUGCGACGUGUUUAGCGAACCACGACUCGCAUCAAAAAGAAGGAAUGUGGCGGCUUGACGAACUUUGGUAUGUAUACAUGCAGACAUAGUAUGUCUGCAUACGUUGGUACGCACGCGCACACACACUGUGUGUGUGUGUAUGCCGAUGUCCCCACUGGGCUACUUCCGUAAAAAUGUCGGCAUUUUGCGGUCACGCCGUGUUGGCACUCAUGGCAGCAUUAUGACGAUAUUUUGAGGAGCUACGGCAUUGUGCCUUCGAUCCGUGUUCAAAAUUUAUUAACAUUUGGCGCUGUCAAAGUGCUAGCAGAAUGCCUGCUGGGAGUGCUGGAAAAUUGUGCUGGAAAGUCCCGCAGUAUGCUGGCUUUGUUGGCUGCGAAACUUAGACAAUUUUCAGCCGCACAAUUAACAAAAUAAGGCUUUUCAAUGUAUUAUAUUUUAAGGCUGUUGAUUUUGUUAAUUUGGGCUAUUAUUUAUCCACCGGACUUUGUUCCUUGUCAAUUUUCACUAAUCAUAUUAUUAUGACUACUCUUUCAUGACUACCAAAUUUAUAGCAGCCUGACAGUUUCGCUCCUUACACGAAAUAAGCGGCGAAUAUCAAUGUUGUUAAAUGCGUUAAUAAUAAUUUUGGUGAUUGUUUAUUACAAUAACUUGCAACUUUAUUAACAUCAACAGCUGCUCGCAGUAUAUAAGGACACAAUUAGCUAUGACUUGUAAUAAGUGUUCGUGGUCGAGUGGUAAAGUGCCAGCCUGCUAACUGAAAGGGUCAGGGUUCGAUCCCCGUUAGGGUUUUAAUUUAUUUUUUUUUUCGUUAAUUUAAGUGCCGGCACGAUGCUUGCACCUCGUGCCGUCAUUGUGCUCAGCACAAUGCCGUCAUUUCCGUAUCCCGGAGCAGGGGUACCUGGACGUCACGCGUGGUCCAUUCCGUGCAGUCUCAGUGCCGUCAUUCGGCCGACAUCAUUAUAUCGGGGGGGGGGGGCGGGGUAGGGUAUGGAUUAAAAGUAUAUGAUCAAGUGGCGCGGUAGCGCCACGAAGGCGAGUUUGAAAAGCAGACAAACCUGCGGUGCCACAACACUAUUUACUUCUAUAUUGGCUUCUCGAAUUUUCAAAAAUUAUAUUUUAAAUUUUCAGAAUUAUAAAAUACAAAUAUUAACAUUAUUGUAUAUUUUCUUUUGGCGUAUAAUCAUAUGUUGUAUCCUUAACUAUCAUUUCUAAUCGAUAUAUUGGCAAGAAAGCAGCUUUUUCAUAAUAAAUAGUCAUUAUAACUUACGCGCCCUUGUAUAUUUUAUUUGUUAUUACUCAAUUACUAUUAGUGUGUUUUAAUAAAAUAAACUCAUUGUAAUUAAUUAAUAAUAAAUAAAGCAUACAAGGACGUGUUAGAUAAUAUAUAAUGACUAUUUGAUUGUACUAAAGUGAUCGACAUCAAAGAUCAGGAUGGCUCGGUGGUAAAAGGAUUGCUUCAUAAUCUUGAGGUUCUGGGUUCAAAUCUCCAUAAAUCGGGAUUUUUUUCAAUGUAAUAUUUAUGUAAAAAUAAAUUCUCGAUGCAACUUACAAAUCAGCAGUACAAAGAAAGAUAAUUAAUAAGUAUCAAGUAGGGGUAAAAUAAUUAUUUAUUUUUAUGAGAAUUUACGAUAUAACAUAUGACAAUCAUAUGAUUCUCAUAUGAGGAUUCGGUCGAAAGUAUCAUAUGAUUAUCAUAUGAGCACUCAUAUGAUUGUUCAUAUGAUAAUUAUAUGAACACUCAUAUGAUUAUCAUAUGAUUAUUUUCAGCCGGGUACUAUACUUGUUGAUAAUGAAAAUAUGAAAUGCAAUAAAAACGAUUAAUCAUUAUUAAUUGUACAAAAACAUUAUAUUUUCAAUUUUUAAUAAUAAAUGUAUUGUUAUUUAUAGUUUUAUCGCUCGAUGCGUGACAGUGCAAAAUAAAGUCGAAAGAAAAAUUUGGAAUUUGUUGUGUCGUAUACAAAUCAUAAAUAUAAGCCUGAUAAUGAUCGUCGAAAUAACAAUUUUGUAUUUUAUUACAUUCGUUUUGUGAGUUUUCUUUAUUUUCGUUACAAACUAUAACUAAGAUUUUGUAGAAAAUAGGUUCAUCUUCAUCGAAAUCAACAAGUAUUGGAAAUUCUUUAAUAACUCUCCCUAAAUGAAUUAUUUUUUUAACUUAAUUAAUUUUGCAUGACAGUUUUUUUUAACCAUUCUAUAAAAGUUGCGCAUGGAACUUCAGCAUAAAUUAGUCUAUGAUUUAAUUUUAAUUGAUGGCGUAUCGCUAUAGUCGUACUAAUAUUGACUCUUGCCGACACUAAAUUUGAUAUGAUUUUGCCAUCUCUGUGUUUGCUUUCAAAACGUAUCAAACUAAUCUUCCAAAGAGGACCAAGCUCUUGCAUACGUACUAAUAGUGAGAUAAAAAGUGAUGCUUUGGUCUUCCUUUUCCAGGAAAUAGUUCGUAAAAGUUAAAUAAAUAAUUCUCUACCAAUACUUUUAGAUAAUAACAUUCUUUUGCCAAAAAGGCAGUCACGGUUACAAAAUUUACAACUUUUUUUAAUAUUAUUACUAAUUUCCAGAUUUCGUCUUCUUCUGGAACAAGAUCUCCAAUCAUCAUAGUUACAUGUUUCAUACAACAAAGAGUCUCAGCUGAUGAAAAUCAUAAAUUACCUUUUUUUAUAUUAUCAUUUGAAAUAAGCUGAGGUUUACUUCUUUCAUCAUCUACACCAUAACUAUAACUUAAAAUCCGAGAUUUUAAUUUAGCGUCAUUAAAAUAUUUAUUCUCAAACAUAAAAUAAUUCAAAAAAUUGCCAUGUCAUAUUGACAUACACCUUCCAGUAAAUCGUGCAUAGCAUCUAGUGCACAAUUUCCUGUAAUAAGAAAGUUUUUAAAUUUAUUGAAAAUAUAUGGCUCUUUUAUACCUGAUACUUUUUCAUUAAUACAUUUUUGUAUCACGCCCAUAAUUUUAUUUUUAUUGCAAUUAUCAUCUGUCUAACUAUAAGCUAAAAUAUCACGAUGAGUUUUACAUAAGCGGCAUGGAUAAUAUGCGCGAAAACUUUGAACAAAACCACAAAUCUGGUUUACAAUACCAAGGUUAUCGCCGAUAAUCAGAGCGAGAGCAAAAUAAAUUCUUAUUUUCUUUUCAUUAUACCUGAUCUCUAUAACUGUGGUUUGUAGAUGACGUAAUUCUUCAACUAUUUUAGUAAAUAUCAAUAUAUUUCCAUAAACUUCUUUGUCAAUAGUAUUUAAUAAUGUGAAUAAAAAAAUAUUUUGAAAAUUCGACUGAUACUCUGGUGGUAAAGCAGGAGCAGUAAUAUACAUCGCACUGCAUUUUGAAACACCAGCAUGAGAACCGAGAGCAUCGUUGAUUUUAUAGUCAUCAAACGAUAAUAUUACUAGAAAUACAAUCUUAUUUUAUAGUACAGUGUGGCUAAAAUCCGCUGUUGAGUCACGCCUAUCUGUGACUAAAGUAGUCCUUUUUUGCACCGUGUUUAUCACACUCGCUACGCUCGUGCGCUAACCUCAUGGUACACAUACGGACGACUUUAGUCACGAAUAGGCGAGACUUUAGCAGUCUGUGCUAUAAAAUUUUAUACGGUACUCUUGACUUAAAUGGUCCAGUUUUACACGGCGCUUAGCUCCCACGCUACGCUCGGGUGCUAACUGCGCCGUGUAAAAAAGAACCAUUUAAGUCACACGUAUCGUAAUAUACUAUUAUAGCACUGUGUGACCUAAACCCGCACUUAGGUCACGCUUAUCCGUGACCCACGGUGUAAGAUAAAGAAGUGAACUGACUGCCCCCCACUCUUUGUGACAGUUAUUGAAUCCCUUCGCAUCGGCUCCGUGUGGCGGUGCCACAGAAACAGUGGACUAGAUUAUACACACCUACAGUCAGCGCUUGAACACGUGCGUUUGUGUGAGUGCGCUACUCGCCGACGCCCGACGGGGUCAGCCUUGCUUGUGUGUGUGGAUACACUACAGUUUCUGUCGCGCGUGUUGGCGUUGAUGCAAUUUGGGAAAUACAAAUCUUCCAUAAAUUCAUUUGCUAUGACUUGAAAUUGUUGACGUGAAGGAUAUUGGAGGAAUAGUGGCAUGAGUACUUCGCAUAAAACAGUGCAUACUUCUGGUAUCACUUGUUUGACAGUAGACAAUCCAAUAUUAUAAAACCAUUCGUGCUUUCGAAUUGAAUCACCAUGUGCC